GAAACACAUAGCUGUAUCAUUUGCACACGCCCUUAUAGGCAGACACGGGCUCUCUGCUCACAUUCUUCAAAAGAAGGAAAGGCAAGAUGAAGAGCUCUUUGUUGCUGUGGGUGGCCUUGGCCGUCUCCUUGGGGUUCACUCUUGUGGCAGGUUAUCCACGGGCAUAUGAGGAUGAGGAAUACGUGCUGGUCAACAACAAGUGUAAAUGUGCAAGAGUGACCUCAAAGUUCGUCCCCUCUAAAGAAAACCCCAGAGAAGAAAUCCUGGAGAGAAACAUAUACAUCACGGUCCCCCUGCUGAGCCGAGAGAACAUCUCCGACCCCACAUCCCCACUCAGAACCACUUUUGUCUACCGUAUGUCUGAACUAUGCAAAAAAUGUGAUCCCGCAGAAGUUGAGCUGGAUGGUGAGAUAUACAAAGCCCAGCAGAGCAGCUCCUGCGACGCUGAGGAAACUUGCUACACCUACAAUAGGGACAAGUGCUAUACCACAACCUUUCCAUUCUUCUACCGUGGGGAGACAAAGAUGGUUCAAGCAGCUCUGACUCCAGCAUCCUGCUAUGCCGAUUAGCUCAGUCCAUUGCUGUCCUAAUGCCUUGUUGCACUCUGUUUUCUUAUCACAAACAUUUAUGCUAGCAGCAUAGGACCCAGACAACAGUGUGAAAUACCAGCUCCCAGAGUAAUGCAAGCUCACCUCUAUUUGUUUUUAAGCAUCAAAAGACAGCUAUUCCGCAAGAGCAGCUGCAGGUUGUCAGAAAUGCUGUUCUUACAUUCUUGGCACAUAUUUGCAACAUCAUUUUGUAUCUCAAACACUAUCACCCUAUAGACUGACCCUCAGAAGGUGUAAAUCAGUGUAGUUCCCUUCAAAUCAAGGGAACUACACCAGUUUACAGCAAUGGAGCAUUGAUCUGGUUUGACAGCCUUCAAUUCGUCCCUAUCUAAGCAAGGCCAUUACGGACAUCAGCAGGAAUGUCCGUGUAUUUGCUCUCCUGAGCAAUCCAAACCAAGCCUCUGCACAAGCUUGGUGGCAUUAUUAGAAGUCUCUUCUCCAAUCCUAUUUGAGAGAGGAAAAGAUGAGGGGCAAGACUUUGAGAAGUUGUAUUUUCAAGCUAUUUUGUGAAAAAAUCAACCCUAAACCCUUCUAUUGCUUUAGUAAUCACAAGCUUCCAGUUUUCACAUACACUUAGAGAAGAUUAAAAGAUGCUGCUGUCUGAAUUGUUUCACAAAGGUGCCAGGUCCUCAGGUGUUCCAGGAAUAGUAAACUCAUCCAGGUCACAUUAGGUAUUGUGCUUUCCAUGGUUAUGUACUGAUAAUGAUUCAUUCCUCCAGCCCUGCUCUGAGUUGAAUUGCUGUUGUAAAAAUCAAGUUGGCUUGAAUAUUUUCUUCCUGGUUCUGCAUUCUGAUCUAUAAGAAAUCCUAUGGGGCUGCCCUAAUUGCAAGAGCAGGGCCCUAGUUCGGGAUUCAUUCCAUCUGUCACCUCAGUUAUCUCUUUCAUAUAAGAAACCCUCAUUGAGUAAAGGAGAUGAUUCUGUAUAGUACAUUACAUUUAUACGCAUUAUACAUGGUAUUGGCAGUAGAUACAUCACAUAUGCAAGUGCAUUCCCCAGCAUUACAUUUGGGAAGAGUGGUAUGUUUCUCACUGUUGUUAAAAGUUGAUUGUGAAACCUUAAGCUGUUCUGAGGAGUCCUUGUUGGGCCUGACAUAUUAUUGCAAUAAUAAUAGAGCAAAAACCUGAUGCCCAUAACUUGAGCUUUUAGUGAAGCAAUAAAUUUUUUUCUGCAGCA